AUGCAACGAAAUGCAGCUUUACUUCAAUCAUGGGCGGAUAAAUUAAGUUCGAAUGGCUCUGAGGUUACAUCGUCGCAGCUUAAAAAUUGGUUGAAUAACCGAAAAGCUAGGCUAGCUCGCACGACUAAGGAUGUUCGACCAGUAACCGCUGAUAUUGACAAUCUAGUCUCAGACAAGCAGAAAGGGGAAGCACCUGGGUCCCUUGACUCGCCUAUUGGUCCAGGUCAAUAUGUUAUGCUUGUCGGCCAGCAAGGAGAGGAGAUUGGCAAAGGAAAGGUAUUUCAGUUGGAGGGUGAGUGGUAUGGGAAGGCCUUAGAUGGGAACGCCUUACAUGGAUACGGAGCCUGUGUUGUGGAUGUUUGUGACCUCAGGGUUGAUAAAGGGUUGCAGCUACCCUACAUGUCAGAAGCCGUUGGCUCAACAUUUGCAGAGGCUCAAACAAAGUUUGGUGUCAUGAGAGUAAUAUGGCCUACGAGAAAACUGAUGGCGUGGCGAUCAGACUGA